AUGGGCUUCUUUGCAGCUCUUCAGCUCGAUGUUGUUGAAGCGUCACUUGCACAUGCUCGACCUAAGCGCUGCGUGGUCCCCUCCAAACAUGCAUCCUCCCAUGGCCAAGCCGACGAUUCAGCUGCAGUGACUGAGACAUUUGCACGCUGCUCCUUGAACUCGACAAUAAUUUUCUCGGAGGGCGUUGACUACAACAUCUUCACUCCCAUUUCCGCCACUAACCUGAGCAACGUCGAAAUCCAAGUACAAGGAAACCUGCACCUCCCACAAAACAUCACGGCGAUCCAGACGCUUGUCAACGCCACCUCAUCUAAAAGUCUGACAUGGUUCAAGUUCGCUGGCUCAUAUAUUGAUUAUGUUGGUAGCCCCAAUGUCACCACAGGCUGGAUCAAUUCGUAUGGCCAGGCAUGGUGGGAUGCCAACCCGGUGAAUGGCACUGGGACAGCAUCACGUCCUCACCUAUUCAAUUUCGACGUGACGCAUGGCUCAAUGAAAUACUUCAAGUCACGCAAACCCAUCGCGUGGGGCGUUGCUCUCAGCGGCGAGGAUAUCGCCGUCACAGAUACUUUUGUCGAUGCAUAUUCGGACGGCGGAUUUCCCUUCAACACCGACGGAUUUGAUGUGUCAGGCACAAAUAUCCGUAUCUCAGAUACCGUGAUUUAUAACGGCGAUGAUGCGAUCGCCGUGGGGAGUGGGUCUAGUGAUAUCAUCUUCGAGCGUGCAACAAUCGGCUAUCAGAGUCACGGCAUGAGCAUCGGCUCGCUAGGCUCGAACCAAGCCUCCUAUGCCAGCGUCUCAAACGUCACCUUCGACGACGUCACAGUCGUUAACGCCGUUUAUGCCGCCCGUUUCAAGUCUUGGAUGGGUGGCCAGGGUCUAGCCAAGAAUAUCUCCUGGAAGAAUAUCCGCGUCUACAAUGUGACGUUCCCCAUCUUCGUUACGCAGAGCUACUAUGACCAGGGGGCAGGCACUGGCGCAGACCGGCCGAAUAAUUCCUCCGUCACGAUGGAAGACUUCACCUGGGCUAAUUUCACCGGAAUAAUUAAUACAUUUCGUCCGGGGGAUGGUUCUUGUGUCACGGACCCAUGCUGGUAUGAUGUCGGUCUUCAGAAUUUGAAUCACACAGAGGCAAUUAUUAUUGAGUGCAAUACGAACUCGUCAUGUAAGAAUUUUGUCGUUGAGAACAUUCAGGUUGUUCCGGAGAGUGCGACGCCACCAACCAUGAUAUGUAUCAAUGCUACGGAAGAGUUGAAUCCAGAGCUUGGAUUUGAUUGUCGCAAUGGAACGUACAUUCCAGUAUAA